UUUCAUUAUAUCAGAGGAAGAAUAUUCACUGGGCAGAAAUCUCACUACCUGGAGCCAUGCACAAGCGCACAAAGAUAAAGAUUGCCAUUUUCGUGCUGCUGGUAGGUAUGGCUUGCAUGUUCACAGCAGUGGUAACGGACCACUGGGCAGUGCUCAGCCCGGAGGUGAAAAAACUAAACGAUACCUGUGAGGCAGCCCAUUUCGGCCUGUGGAGGCUGUGCAAAAAGCACAUCUACAUCAGCUCGGAAAACUAUAAUAAGGACCAUGGCUGCGGACCCAUCAGCCUGCCUGGAGAAGAAAACUGCACUUACUUCAGGCACUUCACUCCUGGGCAGGAUGCUGAGAUAUUUGAAUACAAAACACAAAAAGAGUACAACAUCUCUGCAGCAGCCAUCUCCAUCUUCAGUCUGGCCUUCAUAAUCUUAGGGUCUCUGUGUUUGAUGGGAUCAUGUACUGGUAAAAAAGGGAAACCAAGAGACUACCUCCUCAAACCUGCUGGCAUGUUCUUCGCAUUUGCAGGUCUCUGUGCCUUCAUCUCACUGGAGGUGAUGCGUCAGUCAGUCAAGCGCAUGAUCGAAAGCGAGGAUACGAUCUGGAUCGAAUACUACUACGCAUGGUCCUUCGCUUGUGCCUGCGGGGGCUUUGUGCUCCUCUUUCUCAGCGGCAUCGCCCUCCUGAUCCUCUCCAUGCCUCAGAUGCCCAGGAAUCCAUGGGAGACCUGCAUGGACGCUGAGCCAGAUCAAGUGGAGUGAUAGC